AUGAGCUCAGACACAAGCGUUAGUGUAGCAACAAACGAAGAUUCUUCCUUAGAUGAAUCUCCCGAAGACACAGACACGGUUCAUGAAAACAUUGAAGGAUUGGAAACAGAAAACUGUAGCAAGCAUAAUUGCUCAAUGUGCACUUUACCAACAGGGAGGGAUCAAUGUACAAGAUUACAAAACGAACCACCUUACUGUUAUACAAAGCUUAUUAAGAUGGCUAUCAAGAGUACGCAACAUAAAAUUAGCACAUUAUCUGAAAUAUGUGAAUACAUCAUAAACGAAUUUCCAUACUAUUCAAAUGCCCCACCUUGUUGGUAUGUUCAUGUUUAUGAAGUUUUAUCACGCUUUGACUGUUUUAUAAAAUUACAUCGGAUAUCGGACGAUAAAGAUAGUGAACAUUACUGGGCAAUAGACCCAGAUUACAGUGAAAGUAGCAGCACCUUUUACAGUGUUUUACAAGAACCUGAGAAUGAGCGACGGAACCUUCUUUGA